CAUCAUCCUUUCCACUCUCGCAUAACCGUCUACGGCUUCGCAUCCACGCUUCACCCUAUCUCUCGUUUGCUUCAUCUCUCGCAUGGAGCUAUCAUAGUCGUAGCAGCUUACGAGCUUGCCCCCUCACCUGCGCUUCGGCUCACACCCUCUUCUAUCUGUGAGAGGAGCGCAGCGCCGAAUCUUCACCUCUCGCCCUCUUCUCCAACCCUCCAUCUCGUCAUGGGCGACGACGAUGGCGAUGCCGCCGCCGCCGCCAACCUCUUCUGUCGGAUUGGCAGACCAACCAACGGCAAAGCACGCAGCGAGGACGAUGAGUCCAGUCGUCCCCGCCUCGGCUUUCUCAAGGCGAUCAUCGAUCAUCAUACCCGAGCGAGAGAUGUGAGGAACAGCGCUGCGGAGAGGGACAAGACAAUGAAUGCGUGGAAUUUGCCUGUGCCUGGACGCAGCGAGACCACUGCUGGCGGAGGAGCGGCACUCGUCGAUAAGAACGCAUUGAGUGAGACGUCAGGGUCGACGAUCUUGACAUCGUCCGAUGGCGGAUUGAGCGCAGGGAGUGGCGGCAGCAGCAGUGGAGCUAGUCAGGGAAGUUCAGCAGGCGAUACGAGGGCCACCUCUCCGCCAUCCUCAUCGCAGGGCGGCUCAUCAGACAAGGAGUCGUCACCGCCGGCCGAGGAUGCAGCAGCGGGCGACGUCGCGCCCAGCGUCGCUGCCACACCGGACGAUGAGGUCCCAUGGUUUCGUCAAAUGGCCUCGCUCCCUCACAUCCGCAGCGCUGGUAUCCCGCUCGUCCAGCCCAGCCCGUCGGCGAGCGCCUUGCACAAUCAUCCACCACCAGCCGCCCAUUCGACCGCAUCUCUUCUCACGGCGUCGGCCGCCUCCUCGCAGCAACAAAAGACGCUCAAUGGCUCUACCACGGCGCACGCCACUAUUCCCCCUACGCUCCCGAUCCACGCAAGCUCAACGGCCGUCGUUACCCCGCUCGAAUCGCCGCACCUGUCCCCGCUCCUGCCUCCGGACAACUUCAGCAUGGUCAACACCUGGCUGUAUCGCUCCUCCUUUCCCAAAAAGAAGCACUUCCCCUUCCUCCGCACCCUGGGCCUGCGCAGCGUCUUGACCUUGAUUCUCGAGGAGUAUCCGGACCAAAAUACGCAAUUCCUCGAUAGUGAGGGCAUCACCUUUUUCCAAUUUGGUAUUCCGGGGAACAAGGAACCCUUUGUCCAGAUUCCAGACGAUAAGAUUGCGGCGGCCCUUUGCACCAUGUUGGAUAGGCGCAAUCACCCGAUGUUGGUGCAUUGUAACAAGGGCAAGCACAGGACGGGUUGUUUGAUUGGGUGCUUGCGCAAGUUGCAGGGCUGGAGUCUGACGACGAUCUUUGAUGAGUAUCGCCGCUUUAGUGCGCCCAAGUCGAGGAGCAUGGAUCAGGAAUUUGUUGAGCUGUUUGAUACCGGGAGGGUGUGGAGAUUGAUGGAGGAAGGAGGCGAGGACGCGAAGCGAUGGUUGCCGCGGUGGAGGGUGCUGCGGGAGGGGAGGAGGAUCUUGGGCGUGCCUGAAGAGGAGGGUGAGGAGGGUCAGGAAGCAGAGGGCGUAGAGGACGACGAGGCGAGACAAGCCAUCGUCAAGGCGUCGUCGUCGUCGCCGUCGUCGUCGUCGCUACCGCCGAUGAGGGGAAUGUGAGGGCGAGAGACGGGGGCUGCGACUGCUUCACGAUCGCCAUGAUCAGCAUCACGACUGCACACGCAUCUAUCAUCACACUGCCUCUGUACUAAUAGAUAUCAAUACCCGCAGCACGCA